UUGUAUUUCGUUUCAGAGAGAAGGAUCAGACCGACAGAGUCACACAUGGAAGCUCUGCAAAUGUGAUAAGACGGAAAGAAAAUAAUCACCCUUUAUACUCCCAUCGACUCGCACGCCCUGCACACACACACACACACACACACACACACACACACACACCAGAGAAGGAAGCCAUGGCCGUGCUGGGCAGCUUCGGUGGAGCUCAACAAACCGCCAAAGCCCUUGGCGGUGACCGAGAUCUGACCGAGUUCCUCUGUCCGGUGUGUCUGGAGGUGUUCGACUCUCCCAUGCGCACAGAAUGUGGACACACGUUUUGCAUGAAUUGCCUUCAGGAGUGUUUACGACCCCAGAAGCCGGUGUGCGCCGUGUGCAGAGCUGCUUUAGAGAAAUGGAGCAGGGACGUCGAUCUAGAGACUUUAAUCCAGAGCUCAGCCCGACCGUGCAGGGGCUGUGGGGAGGAGGUCCUGUUAUCUGAGAUGAAAGAGCACAUGGGGCGCUGCUCAAAAUACCAGGAUCUCUUCCAAGAAGGGCUGAAGAACAUAUCCAAGUCCCAGCCGGAUGCGGUCAGCUCGGUGCCAAACCGCUACACGUUCACCUGCCCCUACUGCCACGGCCCCAACUUCGACCAGGACGGCCUGGUGAAGCACUGCAACUCCCAGCAUGCCCAGGACCCACGCCAAGUGGUCUGUCCUAUCUGUGCCUCCAUGCCCUGGGGAGACCCCAGCUAUAGGAGCGCAGAUUUCUUCCAGCACCUCCGAGUCAGACACACCUUCAACUACGACACGUUCGUGGAUUUCUCUGCAGACGAGGAGGCCAUGAUGCAGGAGGCCAUUCAGCGCUCACUCAUGGAUAACUGAGGUUCCCAUCCUGGGGGGGGUUACCAAGUUCAACAGAGAUCCAGGGUUCCUCCCGUGUACAAUCAGACCUUCUUUAUCUUUUCUAUGUUUAACCAAAGCAGGGUGUGUGGAUUCUACAAUAAUAUCAUUAGAUAAUCAACAUGUAGCCGUUGUGGUGAUGAGUGUUUGAGCUGUUGUGCAUUAUUUUGUAAGCACUUGUACAUACAUGGAUGUGAGAGUCCUACGAUCGACCAAUCAGAAUAAUCACCAACAGUUUUGGUCCUAAAAAUACUUCUGGAAUGCAGUGAAACUCCUACAUACCAUAAUAUUAUAUAUAUAUAUAAUAUAUUAUAAUGUUUACACCUAACAUCAAGUGAAUCAGAAUCUCACUAGAAACAAACAGUAUAGAAUUAUUGGUUAUAUUAUAUUAUAAUAUUGUGAAUUGUUGACAUGAUGUUAAUUAGAAAUAAUGAGUAACGUUGACGUUUAAAUAAUAAAAACAAUCUUGUUUGAAGUAAAAUGUAAUGAUGGUGCACUGGUUUUGGGUGUUUGGGUGGUUUUGGCUCUUAUACAGACAUGAUUGGCUGUGUCUGAGGUCGGGAGGGCUGAGGGGACUCCUCAUCACUGCUGCAGUUGCGACCUCUGCUGGCGGUUCGAGGUGCUGCACAGAGACGCUGAGCGACAGAGAGCUCUCUGUAGGGGGCGCAUGUUACGUACGGCUCUCCUCGGUCAGGGUCUGCAGCAGUGGAUCAGACACAAUUAGGGAAUUGGAUACGACUAGAUUAGGAGAAAAAGGAAAAAGUGCGUAAUCAAACCCUUUUACCUGAUGUCCUUUUUAUACAUAUUUUUACAUUUAGUCACCUCCAGAAUUGCAAAUUGUUUCUAUUCAAACCAGAUGUAGAAUGAAGAAUUUGUUGUGACGUGUUUGUUACUAGUGUGGUCGUAACCAGAAUAAGGUUUUUUUUUUGUCCUGCUGGAACUUUGAAUAAACUGCAUCAAACGUGA